AUGGCUUCAAAUGCUGGCUCUCUACAAAUCUCCGAAAUUGACGCACCUCAAACCGGUCACAACGCGCCUGUACCUGCACCGCCCUCGUCCUAUGUGACCCACAGCCCCGGAUCUCGAAUUCAUACCCGAAAACGCGAAAUGAAUGAUCGUGAAGUCGAGGACCUAGGCCAAGGGCCAUCGGACACUGCUAUCGGACAGUUCUCCUUUGCUCCAACUACUCGAACUACAGUGGUCACGACCACUACAACCACAACCACCUCAUUCCCGCCUUUGACGAUUCAACCCCCGCGCGCUGUGAAGGAUUUGGAUGCCCGACUGUAUCCCCUCGCCUCGUCUCCGACCCCGUCUACACUGAGAAAUCUCAAGUUCAAAAUCGGUGACAAAUCUAUCGUCUUCAACGAGCCCGAGGAUACGACAAGUGCUACCGCCGAGUAUAAAGAGAAAAACGAGGCGUUGUGGGCCUCAAAUGGUCAAAUUCGCUCAGUCAACUCGUUCAUCUCCGAGGGCGAGAAUCCCAGUCGGCGACUCGCCCCCUCAAGGAUAACGAGCCAACCCUCCACUCACCCCUCUAACCCUCGUCGCCGUGCUGUUUCUCCCGUUUCGUUCACGGAUUCUCGACCCUCGAUUCUCCCUCGGACUCGCUCAAAUCGAGUCCCUUCCGAGCCUAUAACACGCCGCACCCGCCAGAGUGGCUUGCCACCAACUCAUCUCGCCGCUGGAUUGGCCACACCAGACACUGAAAUCAACGUCGAGGGACUCGGUGAAAAUGUGGCACCAAAACCGAGAAUCCACAGUGCAGUGUUUCCCCGCAGGGAACCCCCUUUGCCAUCACCUCUCUCCUCUGAAAUUGGCGCCAAGGUCACGCAUACUUCCAACCCCAAAUCAUACUUGCAGAAUGGAUUGUCUGGUAUUCAGAAAGAAACCGUCCAUAAAGAAUUCGAAUCUCUGGAGACUCGUGUGCAAGAAGCAAAUGAAAGUUGUCCAUCCACGGAAGAAGCCACUUCAUUUGAUCAUGAAUCGACUUAUGGGACGCAGGAAUCUGCGACAGAAAGACCGGAGCUCACCUCCCAGCUCUCGGCGAUUGACAAUGCCAUGGCACAAGACAUGUGUCUCCCGAGUCCCAGCCUCUCACCCGUCGCCGCUAUGAAUGCUCUCCAUGGUGAAUCGUUCGAUUCAGAAGGCUUCGACAAUGACACCGAUUCCACUUUAGAUCAUAACGUUUCACGUCUUUCUAAGGCUUUGCGACUGCAAGAGGCAGAGAGCAGUUGGUCCAACAGCCAUUCUGUCUCACGGUCGCCACCGUCACUUUUAGAUAUGCCUAAAGUGCUAGAAUUCUUUGAUUCGGUGCCUGAUGAGGUGAAAACCUAUCUCAUGUACCAAUUCCUUCGAAGAUGCCCUAAACCUACUCUGCAUUUCGUGGCCGACGUUGUCAAUCCCACCCUGAAGUGCGAUUUCCUCACUCUCCUGCCACUCGAACUCGGUCUCAAUAUCGUCAAAUAUCUUGACGUUCAGAGUAUGUGCCGUGCUGCACAGGUCUCGAAGAGAUGGAGACACAUUACAAACUCCGACGAAAAAACCUGGAAGAAUCUGCUCGAUCAAAACGGUUAUCAUCUUUCAGAAGGAGAACUGGAACGGGCUAUUACACAGGGAUGGGGUUGGCAGUUGUCCAGCGGUCCUGAGUGCCACGAAGAGGAUCUCAGCAUCGUUGAUCUGCCCAAGGUGGAUAGAGAACUCUCCCCUGUUCCUUCGGCGGUCGGGCCGAGCAGCAGAAGCCCGCUGGCCGCCUUGCCGUCCAACAGACGUCCUAAACGAAAAGCAAACACUCGUGUCUCAAGCCGCAAGCUUGCCAAGCGAAAGAUCUCUACUGGCGGCGAAUACGCGGAUCCAGAUUGGAGGAAAGAUAUUGCUGCUUCUGAGACUCCAUACGCCGCUGCCAAUGCUGCUGCCGCUGCAGUGCCUUACGCUGAAGUUGGUCUACCAUCCCUCCGUGGAAUUUUCCUUUUCAAGGUUCUCUACCGUCGUCAUGUUGCAAUCCAUAAAGGAUGGAUGAUACCGGAUGUCAAGCCGCAGCACAUCGCUUUCCGCGCCCAUGAUCGCCAUGUUGUUACUUGCUUGCAAUUCGAUGACGACAAAGUCCUAACUGGAAGUGAUGACACCAACAUCAACGUCUAUGACACCAAGACAGGUGCUCUGAAGUCAACACUAAGGGGUCAUGAAGGUGGUGUCUGGGCCCUUGAAUAUUAUGGCAACACACUAGUGUCCGGCUCCACUGAUCGCUCAGUGCGAGUCUGGGAUAUCGAGCGGGCCAGAUGCACUCAGGUCUUCUCCGGUCAUACGUCCACGGUUCGAUGCUUGCAGAUUGUUAUGCCUACCGAGGUGGGCAGAGAUGCAAAUGGGCAGGCCGAGAUCAUGCCGAAACAGCCCUUGAUUAUUACUGGAUCCCGUGAUAUGAGCCUACGGGUGUGGAAACUUCCCAAACCCGGCGAUCCCUACUAUCAGAGCACCCCUCUCUCAGAGGACACUAGGUGCCCAUACUUCCUCCGUGUUCUCUCCGGCCACACGCAUUCUGUUCGCGCAAUUGCAGCCCAUGGCGACACUCUCGUGAGUGGUAGCUACGAUUGCACCGUAAAGGUCUGGAAGAUUUCCACCGGACAGACUCUGCACACUCUCCAAGGCCACUCGAUGAAAGUUUACAGCGUCGUUCUUGACCACAAGCGUAACCGGUGCAUCAGCGGAGCCAUGGACCACAUGGUCAAGGUGUGGUCCCUGGACGACGGCGCCGUCCUCUAUAAUCUCGAAGGUCAUACCUCUCUUGUCGGACUCCUUGCUCUGGAGCAUGAAUUCCUUGUUUCCGCCGCGGCUGAUUCCACCCUGCGCAUCUGGGAUUCCGCUCACGGUCACUGCAAGAACACACUGAGCGCCCACACCGGCGCCAUUACCUGCUUCCAGCACGAUAAACAAAAAGUCAUCUCCGGAUCUGAUCGUACCUUGAAGAUGUGGGACGUCCGGACCGGCGAGUGUGUCCGAGACCUCCUCACAGACCUCAGUGGUGUGUGGCAGGUCAAAUUCAACGACCGCCGAUGUGUUGCCGCAGUGCAGCGUGACAGCCUGACAUAUAUCGAAGUGCUCGACUUUGGUGCCAGCCGAGACGGAGUACCGGAAAACAAGCUUGCCAAGCGAAUUGUUGUUAACCGACGCGGCCAAGAGGUCCCCACUGGCACCGUUGCCGCCGUGGAUGACGACUCUGACUAA